AUGCGGUCGCAUUCCUUUCUGCGCAAGUCGCAUUUGUUGAUCCAACGUUCACCUGUUGUUCACGACCUUCAACCGUUUCUCCAGCCUCAGGCGACCUCUGCCUUGCGGAACAGGCGUGCACGGCCGAUUUCAGCUCGACUGACCUCGAAUCGAUUUUUAUCCUCGAACUCUGUUCCACCUGCUAACGAGGUUUUAACGGGGCCUUCAUCGUUUUCAGAACUUCCUCGACCUACUGAGGUAACAGCCGCCGACCCAUCCCCGCCCCCCGGAAUAAAUGAAGAAGAUAAAGCGGUCCCAAAAAUCCGAAGAACACGAAUCAUCAGCUCGACAUCGAGUCCAGAAGCUCCAGAAUUCCCUCCAGGACUCGAACAUGUCAUUCUGCACCUGCCGAUGGAGAGCGUUACGGACUCUGCCUUACCACCUCCAGAGAUAUUCGAAGAGGCUCUGAACAAGCUCCUUGUUACGCUGCAUCCUACAAGCCAACACAGGGCAAUGCAAGCGCCGACUGCGUCUGGUCGAUCCGUUGAACCGACGCUCGGCCUAUAUUGCCCCAUUGAAGGAGGAGACUACGUGAUAGAUGUUGCAGUCACUGAGCUAGCGUAUCAGACAGGCGCUGAAAUCCUUCUGUUGGAUUCUGUUCACCUGGCGGCAGGAGAGUGGGGCAUGUUCGGCAAAGCUGCCACUGCCCUAGAGCUUCCCAGAAAUCCAUUGCACCUCUCUGCACCUUCCCUUCCACCCGCUGAGGCUACUCGGCAAGCCCCUAGGCGGGAUCGUGAGGAAGACGAAGACGACUCACCUUUCGCGUAUUCUCCACCGUCACGGAUGUCAAUAUCGCUUCCCAAGGCGUUCACGUCUCUACAAGGGCGGGCCAUCAUGCCUUCAAGCACAAGGAAAUCCAUUUCUCCCAGCAAACUGGACGUGUUUUUCGAAAACCUCGUCAAUAUGCCGUUUCCUUCUCACAACAUUGACGGGGCUCCUUACCCAGUCGCCAAGAAUAGACCGCGCCUGAUAUACAUCCGCGAUUUCCCGACCCUAGCCCCACAUUCAUCGACAUGGUAUCCCUCUCUUCUUGCUGCUGUGCGACAAAGACGGCGCGGCCUUCUAUCUCGCUCGUCAAAUACGACCUCAUCCCCUGUAGCAAUAAUAUUUGGAAUGACACCACCUCUGAGCCCUCAAUGGAGUGAAGGCUCGUCGGGUGCUACAAGCAAUCUCAUGAGUCUUCUCAUGAACCGAAGCAUUGCGUCCUCACAGAUGACGCACGGUGCGAAACACGAACAUUUCCACGAUUGGAGCGAAAGCGAUGCUGCUGAAUUGGCGCGGGAGAAACGCCUUCGUUCCAGGCUUAGGAAAUGGGAGAAGAACGCGUCUGGACUUCAUGACGAGUUUCCUAGGCUAUCCACCAGACCGGAAGGUGGGGAGGCUUCGUCAAACCCGGAUAUUAUCGUUAUUGGAUCACCUGUUGGUUCGUCAGGGGUCUCGCCGAUGGAUGGCAUGUCAAUAGGCAUUGGGAUCAUGGACGACUCAGACGCCAGCUCGAAGUUCUUCCGCUCCUCUAUUCUGGUACCCAAGACGCGAUCCCUACCAGAAGAGCGCGAGGCUCGAAUAGCUCGUCGACGGGAAAUUAACGAGAUUACUAUGAAGAUGGCGGUUGGCGCUGUGGGUGGGAUCAUCGAAUCCUCACCUACGUUUUCCGAACCCGAACUCGAAUCCGAACCUGAACCCGAAAUGGAAGAGGGCGUGUCCAAGGGGACACCGUCACCUAUGUGGGAAGAGUGGGGCAACAAAAUUGAGACAUGGGCUUCCGUUCGAAAAGUUGCUGAUAGUGCUCUUGGAAGUGUGAUGGCCUCUGAACAAGCAUUGAGCUUGCAAGAUAAGGCAACGCUUUCGCCUACUGUGGUUCCAUGGGCGAGUGUGGAGUCUGCGUGGACCUCUUGCCACUCUUUGCUGGAUGCACGAAAAGCGUGGCUAAAGGAAGCAGUUAGCCAGAAACCAUUCGCCGAAGACUCACCAGAGACAGAGGAAACUCUGUCAGAUCCCGGUACUAGCAGUGACAAAGUGGUGGAGGGCUUGAAAAAUGAUCCUGACCUCGACCAGCACCAAGCUCGCCUCCUGCCGUGCAUCGUUGAUACAGGUUCCAUAAUAACAACUUUCAACCAGGUUCACCUACCUGGCCACACGAUAGACUCUGUUCGGACGAUGGUCUCUCUUCCAUUGCUCCAUCCUCGUGCUUUCCAGCAGGGAAUACUUAAAGAGCAUAGCAUGACAGGAUGUCUGCUCUUUGGACCUCCUGGAACCGGUAAAACUCUAAUAGUUCGUGCUUUGGCCAAGGAGGCUGGAUGCCGGAUGCUGGCGAUCUCACCGUCUGACGUCAUGGACAUGUAUGUCGGUGAAGGCGAGAAGCUGGUACGAGCUGUCUUUGCACUGGCUCGCCGGUUGUCGCCAUGUGUCGUAUUUCUUGAUGAAAUCGACGCGCUCUUUGGGGCUCGUAUGUCUGCGAGAGAAAGUGGAAGCGCUUUUGCACACAGAGGUGUUAUCACCGAGUUCAUGCAGGAAAUGGACGGUCUUAAGUCUUCUAAAGACGACAAUGUGAUCGUCAUUGGGGCCACGAACAGACCGUUCGACCUUGACGACGCGGUUUUGCGACGACUGCCUCGCCGCCUCCUUGUGGACCUUCCUGGAGAAAAGGAGCGAGCAGAAAUAUUGAAGAUUCUCCUCCGGGAUGAGAAGUUGGCAUACGACGUUGACAUCGACACAUUGGCCAAGAAAGCGGAUAGUUUCUCCGGUUCUGACCUCAAACAUCUAUGUGUAUCCGCAGCAUUGGAUGCUGUGAAGGAACACAUGGAAGUUCCUUGGUUGGUCAAAGACGCUUCAGUCAGCCCGAUCCAAGGGCACAAAGAACCCUCAUUGGCUGCAAACGAACACGCAGAACCCACAUCAGGUGGAGUUGCCUUUGAGCAAUCUACAUCUCCUGCGUCAGAUCCUCUGUCUGUGAAAGAUACAUCCGCUUCUCCGGAAAUUGUACAUCUGGACCGUAUCUUACACCUCCGCAAUUUCACCAAGGCUUUGAAAGAGAUCACGCCAUCCUCUUCCGAAUUGCUAGGAAGUCUGGCAGAAUUGCGAAAAUGGAACGAAGAAUUUGGUGAAGGAAGGAAAGACAAGAAGAAACGUCAGGUUUGGGGUAAAGGUCGUUUCGGGUUCGUGGAUGCAGCCCAGGACAGCCCUGAGUCUGCUUGA